AUGACAUGGUCUGGGAUCGAGAUCGCAGCCAAUCUCCAAACACGCUUCUCCCGCUCGAUUGAUAAAAACGCAUUCAUAUUCCGCUUAAAUGCCUUUUUACAGAUAACGACCCAUUCGCCGUCGCUGGCCAUCCUGCUGGCCCUGGUCUGUCUCCUGCCACGCCUCCCCGCCAUCGAUGCUGUUCGGGGCGGGGCCGCUGUUGUGGUCGCCGACGACGAUGAUGAUGAAACCAUGGAGUAUGCCCCACAAUAUGAACAUCCUGGCUAUGCCUUUAGCUAUGGCGUCAAGGAUCUGCAUACUGGCGAUGUCAAGUCCCAGUGGGAAUCCCGGGAUGGCGAUGGCGUCAAGGGACACUAUAGUAUCCUCGAACCCGAUGGUUCCAUUCGCACUGUUCACUAUACGGCGGAUGCCAAGAAGGGUUUCAAUGCCAUUGUCAAGACGGUGGGCGCUAAUUCGCAUCCGAUCACAGAGACCCCGGAGGGCAGCAAUCAACUUAACGACGACACCUCGCAGUCGAAGAUCAAUCACUACAGCAAGGAUCAGGAGCACAUUGUCCUGAGCUCUGACAUCAAGCCUCUGAAGAAGCCCAUUGAGGACUUGACGCAUUCGCACCCGAAGAUCCCCAGCCUGAUUGAGAUCAAGCCCCAUGCCAGGAUCAAGCAGGUGCCUAUGGACAUGGAUCCGGGUAUUAGGGACCGACUCCAGCAGGCCAGGGAAACGUACUACAAGCAGAUCGCCGCCGCCCAUAGGGAAAGGGAACUGGAGAGGGAGCGGGAACGAGACCGCGAACGAGAUGACUAUUCCCAGAAACUCCAACCGGCUUUUGCUCUUCAGGAGGGCGACUGGAAGGCGGUGAUCGUGAACGAGCCCAAGGAGUACCGUCCUUAUUAUAGCCCAGGAUCUCCCGUCCACUCGCAGCAUCCUUACUACGACCACUACAAGCCCAAGGAGCUGCCCCAGAACUACAUCCACAAGCCGUCGGUGCCACAACAGUCCCUGCACACCAGCUACUCCCCCUCGAAGCCACGGGUCAGCAUCUCCGACAACCACAUCCACCAGAAGAAGGUGGUGAAUACCACGCCCGGCCUGAAGCACUACAAGUACAAGAGCGUUUCCAAGAGCUAUGCCCGUCCCGACUACUCCAGCUACUUCCACCGCAAACCCAAGAAGCUGCGUCCCCUGCAUCCCAAGCAGAAGCCACGCGCCCACCGCCCCGAAAAGCAAGGACCUGUCCUCUUCCCCGACAUUCAGGAGGACGAUUUCGACGAUUUCGAGGAGGACGAGCAGGGAGCAGCCUCGGCCAGUCUGGUGGAGAGCAUGGUGCGCCAGGAUAAGAAGCACAUGGUCCCCAUGUACGCGGGAGGACACAGCUUCAAAUCGAACAGCUAUCGCACUUUGGAAGGGCUGUAG